AUGCAGCACCAAGGCCUGGACAUUUCCAUCCUAAGGAGUUUGUGCAAGGUCUGCAGAGGGAUCUUCCCCAGCGAGGACGCCCUGCGGGCACUGAGCAGGCCCAGCCUCCUGAGGACGGUUCACACCACCCUGGGCUGCAUUGUACGCAACCUGGACAUCCUGAACCAGCAGCUCUCCAAGACCAAGGAUGCCCAGAACCUGGAGGCCGCCAAGUGGAAUGUCCUAGGCCUCCAGAACAACAUCCACUGUAUGGCCUGGCUCCUCAAUAGCUCCCUGGAGACGCCCGAGCCUACGCCGGCGGACACGGGGACCCAGCCCUCAUGGCUGCCGGACCCCAGCCAGGGCACCUGGGCAGCCAAAGUGGCUGGCUUAAAGUUUCUGUAUGGCUACCACAGCUUCAUGCAGGCUGCGGGGACGGUCUUCAGGGAAUGGGGGGACAGCCUGAGCCGCAGUCGGAGACACAGCCCCCGGAGACACAGCUCCCAGCGGGGCCGCCAGCACAAAGGGUCUCGUAGGACCGUGAGCCCCAGAAGGGUCAGGGGGCCUGGGCCCCAGAGCUGGCUGCCCCGGUAG